GUAUGUAGCCGGUUUUUUUAAUAAUUAAAAUUAUUUUAUAUUAGAUACCUAAUUAGAUGGUCGGAAUUAAAAUAAUUAUAAACGGCAGUUAGUGCGUCUUAUGUAUAUAAUAGCUCAAAGCUGCCUUAAAUUUAUUUCCCUCAGUAGUUCCAUUUGUUUGUUUAGUAGGCGUUUGUGUUUUAAAUACUACCCAAAGAUGCAAGUAUUCACCCAGAAAAGGAAUCCUAUAACGGGCAGCACAGAAUGGGAUGUCCAACAUGAAGACUACGAUUAUCAUCGGGAAAUAGCGAGGUCUGCUUUCGCUGAUAUGCUGCACGACACCGAGAGGAACCAGAAAUACUAUAGAGCGCUAAAACUUGCGAUUGACAAGCAACAUAGUGAGGGGAAGAAGGCAAACGUUUUAGACAUAGGCACAGGUACUGGUCUUCUCUCUAUUAUGGCAGCACAAUGUGGCGCAGACAGUAUUGUUGCUUGCGAAGCUUUCAAGCCCAUGGCAGAAUGUUGUUUAAAAAUUCUGGAACAGAAUGGUGUGGCAGAUAAGAUAAUUGUCAUCCCCAAAAGAUCCACUGACCUAACAGUGGGUGAAGAUGGUGAUAUGAAACAGAGGGCUAACAUAUUGGUGACUGAAGUUUUUGAUACAGAGUUGAUUGGAGAAGGUGCUCUAUCUACAUUCUCCCAUGCACACAAACAUCUGUUAGAACAAGACUGCAUAGUGGUCCCAGAUUCGGCAGUCAUAUACGCACAGGUGGUAGAAUGUUCCACACUACAGAAAUGGAAUAAACUCAAUGAUGUAGUAGAUGACUAUUCACAGGUUAUGUUGAGAACACCACAGAAGAUGAAGGACUGUGCAGGAUCUGCUGCAGUGCAUGACAUCCAACUGUCACAACUGCCUAGAACAGAUUUUAAGGAGGUGUCGGAACCCAUACCGGUCUUCUAUUACGACUGGUCGGGCAAAACACCUAUAGACAUGAAGAGGACUGUUAAACAGAAGUUCUCCAUAACCAACACUGGACACGCUCAGAUGGUAUUCAUGUGGUGGGACCUGAAUAUGGACACAGAAGGUAAAAUAGUGUUAAGUUGUGCGCCUUGGUGGUGUCAUCCUGACACAAAUUUCUCAUCUGAAAGACCACAGGACACAAUACCAUGGCGAGAUCAUUGGAUGCAAGCAGUCUACUAUCUACCAAUAGAAAUACAGGUUGAGAAAGAUGCUGAAGUGUCCUUAGUAUCCUGCCAAGACGAAUAUUCUCUGUGGUUCUACCUAGAAGACGAAAACACGAAAUAUAAACACCAUAAAAGACCAAUCUGUGAAUGCGGCGUGCAUAUGACUUUGUCAAGAACACACGUUUCUUACCUAAAUGAUACAGGUAGAAAUUCCAAGUUAUUGAGACAGUUGAAAAACGAUGUAAGCAGUGAUACAACAUUAUUAAGUUUGAAUGGAAGUGACUUACUAGUUUUGGCAGUAGCUAAAUCUAUAAAGAAAGUCUAUGUAAUAGAAAACAUGUCAAUUAACAUAGGAAUCUUAACAGAUUAUAUCAAAGAGAAUGAUCUAGAGAAUGUAGAAAUAAUACCAGAAGCCACUGAUGCGAUAUUAAAUGAAGUGACAAAUGUUUUUUGUAAUCCCAACUUCAGUUCAGCGAUAUUGCCCUGGGAGAAUUUGAAAGUAGCCUAUCUGCUUUAUAGCUAUAAGGAAAAGUUGAAUGCGAAUGUUAGUAUCAUACCAGAUGGGUGUGAAUUCUGGGGAAUGCCAGUUGAGUUUCAAGAUUUACAUAAAAUAAGGAUACCCUUGAAUGAAUGUGAAGGGAUAAAGAUGGCGUCAUUCGAUUCGCUUGUUGAGCGUUCCCGCACCAUAAGCGACUGCGAGUUGGAAGCCCAGCCGAUGUGGGAAUACCCGUGCUGGUCGCGGGGGGAGCCCCGGAGACUCCUCGAUGUGGACCUCAGGGCGCUCCAGCCUACGGCCGUAGCAGAUGGAGUUUUCUCUAUUGUUGACAACAACGACUCAUCCCACACAAUAAACGGUUUCGCGGUAUGGGUGGUGUGGCGAGUGGGCGGGGCCAAUCUAUCGGCCGGCCCCCUGACCCCGCCCACUGUUGGACAACGUGUCACCUGGGACAUGCACACACGACAGGCGGUUAAGAUACUGCAAAGCUCUCGUGAGGUAAGCGGCAGUGCGCAGUGGAGGUACCAGAUUGCUUGCGACUUGCGACAGGGACAGUUCGAUAUCGCUAUAGACUGGGUACAAUAAAUAUAAUAUGUACA